AUGACUGCCUGGCUGGCGAGACUGAAUGCGUUAGUGACGUACGCGCUGGCGGCGCUGGCGGUCAUGUCCGUGGGAGCGAUGUUGUCGGAAGAGUGGUACCUCAGGAACUUGAAGCAGCGCCCAGCUGUGCGCAUCGCGGUCCAGAGCUUCGAGGUCUUCCAGAGAAAUGCACGGGGAGUAGAUGAGGUGCUCAUGCAGAUGUACCUGGACAUGGACUUGUCCCCGCUCUUCCACUGGAACACCAAGCAGCUGUUCGUGUUCAUCGCCGCCGAGUACUGGGACGACGACCACGCCCUGCAGCAGGUCGUGCUCUGGGACCGCAUCGCCACCACGCCCGAGGCCGCGCGCCUCACGCAGCCGGCGCUCCGCCACAAGUACCGCUUCGCCGACCGCGGCGGCGGCCUGCGCGGGCGCGACUUCAACCUCACGGUGUCGUGGAACAUCAUGCCGCGCGUCGGGCACCUCAAGUUCGGGGAGGCCAGGGUCUCAGACUUGCGGUUUCCGGAGGAGUAUCUGACGCGGCGGGAGCGCGUGGAGGUCGGGCGGGGCGGCACGCCGUCGUUCAACUCGCGUGCGAACCGGCAGCGUUUGAUAGCGGGUGCGCGCGGGGUGCGCCGCGAGGAGGACGCGGGCGACAAGGACGAGGUCAUCCGCAUAUCUGAGCUCUAG